UCCCUUUUGGUCCUUGCACACAGGGGAACAAGGUCGUGAGGAAAGGAGCACGAGGUGUGCUGCCUCCAUUUCUUCUGCGUUCGGUUUCUGCGCUUUUCGCAGGGCUUCCAACAGCGCUAUGUUGGGACAAAGCAUCCGGAGGUUCACAACCUCUGUGGUCCGUAGGAGCCACUGUGCGGAGGGUCCAGGGAAGAAUUUACCAUUUUCAGUGGAAAACAAGUGGUGGUUACUAGCUAUGGUGACUUUGUACUUUGGGUCUGGAUUUGCUGCACCUUUCUAUAUAGAAAGACACCAACUGCUUAAAAAGUAAUCCACGAGACAGAUACGAAGAACAUUUUAAGUGUGCAGUCUCUUUGAAGAAAGGAUCAAACACUUGAACUCAGCAUCCUAGAUAUGUUUGUAAAUAAACUUAUGGCAUAAAAAAGUUACUCACUUGACAGCUAUUAAAAUUACGAUUUUAAAGUCCCGUGGUGAUCUAGCAUGGCAGUCACUAACAAGUCCUAGUAGUUGUAAAUUCCAAGAGCUUCAUAAUCCCAAGGAAAAGAGGGGCCAACUCAGCUUCUCCCAAGCCCCACUGGUCUCUGUUCUGAAACGUAACUCAGUCACCUCACAGGUGGGGAGAGAGGGUGAGGAAGAUCGUUGCCAGGGCCAGGUUCUUGCAGGUUUUGGGGUCUGGAACAGGGUGGGCAAACUAUAGCCUGUGGGCCAAAAUCAGCCCACUUCCUGAUUUUGUAGAUAAAGUUUUAUUGGAACACACAGCCACAUCCAUUCGUUUACUUAAUGUCUCUGGUUGGCUUCUUGUUACAACAGCAGAGUGGAGUAGCUGUGACAGGGACUGUAUGGUCUGCAAAGUCUAAAAAUAUUUAGUAUCUGGCCCUUUCCAGAAAAGGUUUGCUGACCCGACAUGGAAGAUCCAGGCUUGAACUCCAGCUCAUCACAUGCUGGGUGUGUGACCUCGGACAAGUCAGUUCCUCUCUUUAAGCUUGUUUCCUCAUCAGGAAACCAGAGGCAGUAACAGUGCCUCCCUUAUAAGUUGCUUGUGCAAUGAAAAUGACUUCAUACGUGUAAAGUGCUUACUUCAUAUAAAACACUCAAUAUAUGUUGUGGUUACGAUGUUAUUUAGAAAAUAAGGGCAGUAACUCCUACUUCGUAUGGUAAUUAUGUGAAGUGAUGGAGAUCGAGCCUGUGAAAACAGUUGGCCAAAAACACGUUUCUUAUUGUUAUAAAUAUCUUAAAGGCUCUUGAGAGAAUUCUUUGCUUCUUAGUAAAGCUAAGUUAAGUUUUUUGGGGGGGCAAAUUUGGAACUGUGAGAGUGUAGAAAAACUCUAAUUUCAGAGGAAAAGAGGACCCUUAACCCCCAAAUCCAAACUCUCUCAUUUAGCAGUCCAGGAAACUGUACCCCGUGAUCCUCAGCUGGGACUUGAACCUGCCCAGAACUCAGGUCCUCUUUUGGCUGAGCUCGGCAUCUUCCCCAAUAACAGGUGCUCAGGAAUCCAGGCCUGCAUGUCUUUAAACACUUGUGUUGCCUCUGAGGUCCCCACCAGAACCUGUUUAAACAGUAAUCUGCUAUAAGGUAUUGACAUGCAGGUUUGCGGCCUGGGUUUGCAGCCAGGGGAGGGAAGAGACCUGUCUCCACACCCUUAAGGGGAUUGUCCAGAAGCCAGCUGAGGGUAGCCACCAUUGAUGACCUGAUAUCCGGGAUGGUGUUAUUUAAAUUGGGUUUAGUUCCGGAGAUACGGCAGCCUCCCAUUCAUUCGCUUUGUUUCACAGUGAUUUACUGAGCAGCUAAUACAUGCCAGGCCCUAGGGAUAUAGCAAUGAAUGAUUCACCCCCUGCCCUUGGCAACUGCCCCCCUUCCUUCUGAUGGGGGCGACAAUCAAAUAGGCAUCUGGGCAAUUUGGCCCCAUAAUAAGUCCUGUAUUCUCCCCAGGAUUUCAGUCCCACACUAAAUACUGUACCAAUGAAUUGGAAAACCACUCUGGGCCAGCUGUAUGAUAGAUGGAUGGUAGGAGUUAAGAGUGCCAGCUUUGGAGUAAGUCAGAUCUGGGCAGGACUGGCUCUGUAAUUUGCUAAAUGAAAACGUGGGCACCUUGUUCGAAAAUUAUUCAAAAUUUCAGGAUGACAACAGCAGAGCACUGAACUAUGCAGGGCCCACACUGUGAAGCUGGCCCUGCACCUGGGGUCAAACUGCUUUCCAGCUGGGUACCAUUGGACACAUCU